AACCAAAGACGGCGCCAUACAUGUCUGGUAUUCCUGAACACAGGAGAACAUAAAGAAGAUUUUAGGACUAGGUUUCGGAUCUGUCACUGAUGUCAUAAUGGAUAUAUGUGCAGCAAACAACCGGUUCACUACAGAUCUUUUCAAAGAAAUUAGUACAACUGCAGAAUGUCAAAAUUUGAUUUACUCUUCUAUGAGUAUUUUCACAGCCCUUGCAAUGGUGUACCUUGGCGCAGGAGGCAACACAGCUUCACAGAUGGGAAAGGUACUCAAGUUUGACACCAUUGAAGAUGUCCAUACUAAAUUUGAAGAACUUCUGAAUGUCCUGUUGGAACAUGAUAAUAGCUACACUUUAACAAUCGUCAACAAACUAUUUGGAGACAAAGCAUACAAGUUUCUUUCAUCUUUUAAAGAAGCCACUAAUAAGUCAUAUGGGGCAGCAUUAGAAGAAGUAGACUUUAGUAAUACACCUGAAGAAGCACGGAACUAUAUUAAUGAAUUCAUUCAGAAGAAAACUAGAGAUAAAAUCAAGAAUUUGCUGCAAGAAAAUUCUGUUACAUCAACUACCAUGCUUGUAGUGGCUAAUACGCUGUAUUUCCAAGCAAACUGGACAAAGCAGUUUACUGAAAGGAGCACCUACAAAACUCCCUUUACAUUGUUAUCGAAUGAAGAGAUUAUGGUAGACAUGAUGCUUGUUCGUAAUUCAUUUAACAUGAAUUACAUAAAAAACCCUGGGCUAUCAAUUGUUGAACUUCCUUAUGGAACAUCAAAAGAUCUAAGUAUGUUUGUGAUGCUUCCUGAUAAUAACACUGUGCUUCAACAGCUUGACAGUGAGAUUUCAUAUGAAAAUUUAAAAAAAUGGACCAGCAAAUCAAAAAUGAAGUCCCGAAAUGUAGCGAUCCACCUACCACGAUUCAGAAUUGUUGAAAAUUUCUCUCUUCGUGACAUUUUAUCAUCUUUGGGGAUGCCCGAUGCAUUCAGUCAGUACAAAGCAAAUUUCUCCGGAAUGACAGAGCAGAAUGACUUGUAUGUGUCCAAUGUGUACCACAAGACCUUUCUGGAGUUGAAUGAAAAAGGAACAGAGGCUGCAAGUGCUACUGCUCCUGUUAUGUCCAUGCGAUCGUUGCUUAGUGAAGAGUUCAAAGCUGAUCAUCCCUUCCACUUUUUCAUAAAACAUAAAAAAACUGAUUGCAUAUUAUUAUAUGGAAAGUUGUGCCAACCAUAAUUCAUCUGAUUGCUUACAUUCAAGUGGCUCUACUGUAACUAGUUGAAUACAAAACUGAAAUAUGUAUAGUAUGUCAUAUCAUGGAGACUUGCUCAUGCACUGUGUGAAUUAUUCCUACAAUACUGUAUUUUUACAUAGAACUUAAACAUUUGAUAAUAUUUUAAAUUCUUUUGUAUAAUACAAGUUUUACAAUA